AUGCCUUCUCCAAUUUUAUCCGUCCCAGCCGCCCCUCCGGCCGCGGCGGACGAACCCGUUGCCAGUCUGGGGAGGAAGCGGUUCGACAAGAGACCCUUGUCAAUGGACCCGGCCAUCGCCAUUCUCGAUGUCGAAUACAACGAACUGCUCCAAUCCUGGAAAGAGUUCAAAGAUCAUCUCGCUCCCGCUGAUCGACUGGACUUGCAUGAUUCACCACAGACCGAAGAUGAUGUCGUCGCCGUGGUGCGCGGCAUCCAGGCCCUCUGGAUGUCCAGCCCGAGACAGCGCCUGUUCACUCGCUCCAUGACCCUCUGCGACCAAUUCCUGUCGACCUUGGACCCUCACGCCAUCUUACUCCAGGCCCUGCCCAACUAUGAGGCCAACCGGUCCCUCUUCUAUGCCGUCCUACAGUCCAUUCUCAAAGCUUGUGCAAACUAUCCUAAUCUCAUAGAGGGGAUCUUGAAAGCAUUCACCGAGGUGAACGGAUGUAUCUGUGCCCCGACAGAAGAUGGUCAAUCAUCCGGCCUCGGUCUUUCGACCAUCCCCAUCGCAAGAUUCUACUCCACGACCUUUUUCUUUCUUGGUCAGAUCAUGGAAUGGUAUAAUAGGGGCUCGGCCUGUGGGCUGUUGAAGAGUCUCAGCCAGGACGUCUACUUGCAUCUGCGGGGCCUCAUCUACGCCAUUCAACGCCGUGCGAAAGAUAUUGUCCGAGGGACCUCGGACGACAUGGACCUGGACAACACCGCUCACGAACCCCCGUUCGAUGCCGUCCAGCUGUACGAUAACUUGCGUCUUUGGGAAGAGGCAAGACUCAACCAGAUCGGAUUGGCAGACGGGGUUCGGCGUUGGUUUUCCGCGACCGUCUUCACUCGGCAGGUGAUGUGCGAGAUUCAAAUUGAUUAUGCCCAGCGGGCGCUGUUGCGGAGCCAGCGAGGGGCCCUUCUUGCGCAGAUGUUGGAAUCAGCGAGCCAGCGGCUCCGUCCUGUUACACAGCAGAACAGUGGAAUCGCGUGCCUGACCACUACCGCUGCGCAGGAUCUAGGUAUGCCGGAUGGCCAUCUCGAGACAGAACAUCGGUCGCAACUAACCAAGCCCUCGUCACAAGACAUGUCCAGGUUCAAGUGGUCGCAUGGGCUCAAGCACAAGUACACGCGGUCCGAAAUGCAAGCCAGAUCCAAACACCUUCUCGAUUUCUUUGAUAGCGAUGAUCAAGUCGCCGACUGCGAACUCGAUGUGGAAGUCAACGUCGAGGAUAGUGUGAUGGUUUCUCUUCAACAGUGGGCUUCCAACGCUCAUUCUCAAGUUCUGGCGGUAGGCGGUGCGCCGACGACAGUCUUCCCUAGCCCGGUGGCCCUGAUCUCGGCAUGCUACGUCAGCCUGGCUCGAAAAGAAGGAUUGCCGGUGGUUUCUCACUUUUGUUCGCUCCCGACACAUGAGCGAGACGGAAUGACGGUCUACGAGCAGGCGCUGAUUGCCCUGGCGUACAGUUUACUUCGACAACUGAUCGACUGUCUUCCACCCGUGCUGGAAGGCCAUGCCGCAUGCGACCUCAGCCCGGACCGGUUCAAACCGCUCGACGGCACUCUGACCAGCUGGAAGGAGGUUCUGUCCCUGAUCGAUAUACUCCUACACUACGCCCCACCGCUGGUGGUCUGCGUGAUUGAUGGCUUGGAUGUGAUCCAGCACGAGUCGACGGAUCUGCGUAUCCGGUCUCUCGUCCGCAUUCUGCUCGCUCAUACCCGACACGAGCCGGUGUCGACUCCGGAAGGGGGCCUGGGCCAGAGCGUCUUGCUGAAGAUCCUGUUUACGGUUGCCGGGCGUCCGAGCUCGUUGGUCGAGACCAUGUCCGAGAACCACCUCGUGCUCAGCGAGUCGAAUCGAUCGAACCCGCCGGCCGCCACGGAUCAGCCGUUGAAUCCAGAUGUGGGGGUCGUCAUGAUGAAUGCAUGA